AUUUUGUCGUGGAUUUGAGUAAAGAUGACAUAUCAAGAGUGCUGGAGAAUUUCGCUCGAAGACCACUGGUUCGGGAAUUGUCCGAGCAAAAUAACGUGAAUAGGAGAAUGUUUUACGCCGCUUACAAGUACGAUUUCUUUCUCACGGUCUCUUUAAAAAGCUUCCGAAACUACUGCUUGAAUUCCUCACCGUUGGACCCAUGCAUUGCGGUUACGAUUAGCGAUAUACUUAAUAAAGCUCGAGAUGUGGACAGUAUUUAUCCGUAUUUUAUUGAACACGCCAGACGAGUGUAUCCUCAUUUGGACUGUGAAAAAGAGUUGAAAGUAUUGAGUGACCUGUCCAAGCCACAUCACUGGUACCCGAAAGCGCGAGAAGUCUUCAGGAAAAUACAUUUUCAUGCAGGACCAACAAACAGCGGUAAAACGUAUGAGGCGCUGCAGCGAUUCUAUGAGGCCAAGACAGGCUUUUAUUGCGGGCCACUCCGGCUACUAGCAAACGAAGUUGCGGAAAAAAGCAAUGAAAGGGGUGCGUUGAUCCAUUCAAAUACACUUUUUUGCCAUAAAAUUCAUGCGUUAUCGCUUUUUUGCUUGAGUUUUGUCAGUGGCCUCGUUUCCGAAAACGAAUCUAGUGAGUUUUGGAGAAAUGAAGUUAUCCAUUACAUGCUUUUUUCAAUGGGGUUGCUUAGAAGUAAGUUGAUGAUGGUUUUGACUCUCUCGUAUUCGCUUUUAGUACUAGCGUUCCAUCGAAACGAAUGA